CCAUGUUGAGCCCGAAGAUCCAGAGAUCGAUCCGUGUCAAUGAUGGUCAGCUGAUUGCACUCUCUGAGCGAGCGCAGUAUGAUCAUUCACAGGCUGGCUAUCUUCACAAGCGGAGUUCAGAUAACACAAAAUGGCAGCUUCGUUGGUUUAUACUUUACCAAAAUCUACUAUUCUACUAUGAAUCGGAGAACAACGCCCGACCGACAGGAGUUCUAUUGCUGGAGGGCUCAUACUGUGAGAGACUUAGCAAGGCGCCCAUGGAGAGAAAUGCCUCUUUCUGCUUCACCAUAUCAUACCGGCGCGAGAGCCAGCGGCAGUACGAGUUGCGCGCAGCGUCUGAAGUGGACUGCGUGCAUUGGGUAGAUGCCAUCAGGGAGGCGAGUUUCAACAAACUGCUCCUGCAAAAAGAGGAGCUCGAACAAAAACAGUUGCACCUGUUGCAAGUGGUUGAAAGCGAGAGGACAUCCCGGUGGCAGUACGCGCAGCAGUGCGAAGAACUCUCCAAUGAAGUAAAGAAACUGCGCUCGGAGCUCUGCGCUUAUAAGAAAGAACACGAACCAUCCACUCGGGCCACGUCCACUGCGAGCCUGUCUCCAACCCUGUCAGAUGAGAUAGACCCCUCGGAACUGCGGAAGAUCAAGAAAGUCCAGAGUUUCUUCCGUGGCUGGUUGUGUCGCCGGCGAUGGAAGCAAAUUGUCGAACAGUACAUCAAAAGCCCACACGCGGAGAGUAUGAGGAAGAGAAACAGCCUUGUAUUCAAAAUGGUUGAAGCUGAAGAAGAGUAUUUGGAGCAAAUGGAAAUUUUGGUCACAUGUUUCCUGCGCCCUUUCAAAAUGGCGGCCAGUUCAAAGAAGCCGCCGUGCACCCAUGAGGAUGUGAAUUCUAUAUUCCUGAACAGUGAGACGGUGUUGUUCCUGCACCAGAUAUUCUUUAAAGGUCUUACUUCAAGAAUGGAGUCUUGGCCUACUCUUGUUUUAGGCGAUCUCUUCGACAUGCUGCUGCCAAUGCUGACGAUCUACCAGGAGUACGUGAGGAACCACCACUACUCGCUGCAAGUGCUGACGGAGUGCAAGCAGAGCCAGCCGUUCACGCACCUGCUGGCCCGGCUCGAGAGCAAGCCGGCCUGCCAGGGACGCUCGCUGGAGACGUUUCUUACGUUCCCUAUGCAUCAGAUUCCACGCUAUAUUAUAACACUUCACGAGCUAUUGGCCCACACUCCGCAUGACCAUGUAGAGAGGCGCAGCCUGCAGCAUGCGCGAGCGCAGCUCGAAGAACUAUCACGGCAAAUGCAUGACGAGGUGAGCGAAACUGAAAACCUCAGGAAGAACUUGGCCGUGGAACGAAUGAUCAUAGAAGGGUGUGACAUUCUACUUGAUGUUAACCAAGUUUUUAUUCGACAAGGCACACUCUCCCAAGUAGUGGGCAAGGGGCGCCGCGCGACGCUGCAGUCGCGCCAGGCGUUCCUGUUCAGCAACCACUUGCUGCUGACGACGCGCGCGCCGGGCGGCCGCCUGCACCUGCCGCCCGCGGGCCGCCUGCCGCUGCACGACGCGCUGCUUAUUGAGGACCCAUCUAACCAUGAUGACGAUGAUACCACUUCUGUGUGUUCAUCGCCCGGCGGAGAAAGCUAUCAAGGGAAAGAUUUUAAGAUACUCGUGGAGGUAAAAGGAGAACAAAUCUGCGCUCAUUUAGUGGCCGCCACGCUGGAAGAAAAAGCAGCUUGGACGAGCGAACUCGCCCAAUGUAUGGAAAGUGCCGCGUUAACUGAGUUGCUCCGAGCCUGCGGCUCCUGUGGCACAGCAUCCGCCAGUCUACCGGCUUGCAGAUCAGACCGCGCCUUGUUCACUGAUGACGUGGAUAUUCGGUUCAGCCGGACUUUGAACUCGUGCAAAGUGCCGCAAAUUCGAUCGGCCACACCCCAGAGGCUGUUGCAGAGAUUGACUGAUCUUCGUUUCUUAUCAGUGGAUUUCUUAAACACGUUCUUGUUAACUUAUCGCGUGUUUACCGACGGCGUGACAGUAUUGGAAGCUUUGAAGCAAGUCUUCUACGAGCAGUCCCAACAGGACAUGGACCUGCCUCCUCCACCUGAUGCUACAAGGAAGACCAGUGCUGCCAGUUCCGUUUCAGGUUACGGUUCAGAAUAUAGUGAAAGAGAUUGGCAGUCUCGUUUUUGGCGCGUUGGACGUGGGAAAAGCGAGGAAGAAGAUAAGUUAUCUCCAUAUUUGAUGGCACCAUCGCGUCGCACUUCAGCUGUGGGAAAGCAGACUGAAGAAGACAACAGCCAUCUCACAAUACCAAAGAUAAUGGCAACUUCAUCCAGCAAUGAAACGCUUAAGGGCACUGUCACUACAGGAACAUCACCAUCCUCUCCUGGUGCCAUAAGUUCAGUUACACUUGUUGGAAGUCGUAAAGGCAGUCCUGAGCAUUCCAAAGAUAAGGAAUCUCCAACUAAAAUAAAGGACAAUGACAAAGCUGCGGCUAUCAUGAAGGACGAGAGUAUUGAACUGGUGGAUCAGAGCGAUGAGGAUAUUAAGUAUAAGGAAGAAGAACAAGAGAAACAUAAGCCCAAACACGAGGAGAAGUUUAAGAUUUCGCAGAGAUUUUCGGAGGUAAGUAUGGCGCACAUUCAGCGCGUACGCACAACAGAGAGCGGUCGAGCGGCCGGCCUAGCGGCGGAGCUGCGCCGCCGCUCGGAGGGGCACCGCGAGCUGCAGCAGCCGCACGAGCCCCGACGAGCCUCUGAUACUGCGGCGAGGGGGUCGCCGCGCCGGUCAGUUAGUGAGAGACGUUGCACGAAUUCAUCGAUUAAUAGUGAGAGACGUCGUCACUAUGGCGGUUCGGAGCCUCGUACAUCUGUGACGUCACAAGCAUCACAGAUGCAGAACUACCGUCGCGAGACCGGUCAACCGAAAGCUGGCGUGGUCAUAACUUCAUUCAGACAAUCGCAUAGAAGGAGCAGUACAUCAACGGCUGCAGUAGCUUUUGCCGUGGCUACAUCCGCGUCAUCGAAUCCGAGGUCACCACCAGCAAAUUCACCAACACAAGCGAGACGCGAUUCCGUUAUUUCAACUGCUGCUACGAUGAGAGUUCUUAAUGUACUACGGCACUGGAUUUCAAAACACUCGUCCGACUUCUGGUCUGAUGACCGUCUGCGUGGUUUAACCAUGGACUUCCUUAAGGAGAUAGAGAGCAGCCCGGGCCUGCUGCCCGCGGAGCACAAAGCGGCCUCGCAGCUGCUGCGCUUGCUCGAAAGAUCCCCGGAUAGAAAUGUCGAUCUCAAAGCGCUAUUUGCGCCUCCCAGGUUACCAACAAAAGAGAGUCUGGAAACAUUAUCAGCAUUGGAAAUAGCGGAACAAAUGACGUACUUGGAUUAUCAGAUAUUCAGCUCCAUUCACAGCGAGGAGUUCCUGGGUCAAGCCUGGACAAAGGCGGAUAAAGCAGAACGAGCGCCCCACAUCCUGAUGAUGACGGCACACUUCAACCACAUCUCCAGCCUCGUUAUAUCUGAAAUCUUGAAACGCGUGCCUUUUCCCGGUGCCCGCGACAUCCACGAGAUGCAGGAGCACGCGCUCAGGUGCCGCGUGUCCGCCAUCGAGAAGUGGGUGGCGGUGGCGGACAUCGCGCGCUGCCUGCACAACUUCAACGGCGUGCUGCAGAUCUGCGCCGCCAUAUCCAACACCUCGAUAUUCCGGCUCAAGAAGACCUGGGAGAAGGUGUCGAAGACGAGUAAGCAAACAUUGGAGAAGCUGCAAAAUUUAACUUCAUCUGAAUGCCGUUUUCGCAAUUUAAGAGAUGCUCUGCACAGAUGUGACCCGCCGUGCAUUCCAUAUCUCGGCAUGUACUUGUCAGACUUAUCGUUUAUCGAAGAAGGAACGUCGAAUUACACUCCCGAGGGGCUGCUGAACUUUUCGAAGAUGCGGAUGAUUGCCCAUGUGAUACGAGAGAUUCGCAACUUCCAACAGACGCCGUACAAAAUUGAUCACAUUGCCAAGGUAUGCGAGUUCCUGCUGGAUCCCGCGCUAGCGUACUCCGAAGAGGUGCAGUACACGCUGUCGCUGGAGCAGGAGCCGCGCGCGGCGCGCGGGUCGGCGGGCGGGCUGCAAGCGGCGCCCGCCUCGCCCGCCUCGCCCGCCGCACAGCGCCGCCGCCGCGCCUCGCUCGCCGCCCUCGCGCCGCUGCGGGCGGAGCGAUAG